CUUAUCUAUGGGACAAAAUACAAUAAAGAGAAUAUUUAAAUAAAUCACAGGGAUUUUUUUUGCUUGAUUAGAUAUUUUUGCGAUUGAGUGGAUAAUUAUCUUCUACUAUCCUGUAACUAAAGGAGAACUGUAAUUUUUUAAUGGAUUUAAGAAAUCUUUUAGAAGGAGAUUGUGGCGGAGCAAAUCCCUUGAUUCAAUUAGGCAGUCAUUUUACGAGGGAUGCAGCAUAUCGUGAUGAAGGAUUUUCUCAACAUGCCAAUACUGGUCCUUUCAACACAGCUGGUGCACAGGAUGAAAUGGUUAAAGAAUUUCUUGGCCAAGUUUCUUCAGUUCCACAGACAUUCCACAUGGAUAAUCUGCUACAAGAAAUGAGAGCAAUUGAAGCGCAAAAUUUACAUCAGUCUAUUGUUAAAGCACCAAAAGUCAUAAAUGAGGUAACUGGUCAGCCGGAUAUUAGCUCAAAUUGGGCGAACGAUUUUAAACAAAAUAAUUACAAGCCAGCUAUUCCACAAUCUUUGGAAAACAACUAUAAUCAACCUUCAUAUAGUGGAAUGAUAGCGCAAGGGCCCAGGAGCAUGCCUGCUUUAUUUAACAAUUCUAAUAAUUUGUUUAUGAAUAGAAUGGCUUACAGCAAUCAGUUUGCGAAGCAUGAAAAUGAGCUUUUUGGAGAAAAGCACGAACAAAGUAGUGAUAAGGUAGAAGCUUUUUUUGCACCAACAAAAGAAGAGUUACAAUCAGCAAAUACUAGCGAAAACUGGCUAGAUGACUUCCAAAAAAAUAAACAAGAGGAAGCUGAAAAAGCCGAAAGUUACUAUGAUAAAUUUUGGACGAAACUACAACAAGACUGGAAUGAUAUGGCAGAAUAUGAUAAUUAUCCCUGGUUAUCCCAAGGAGCUGAUUUCGACCCAUAUAAAGAGUAUGAAUUUUUUGCUGAUAAUCCUAUGUCGAAUAUAGAGAACCCUUUAGAAAAAGGAAAAGAAUUUUUAAAACAAGGUGAUAUUCCAACUGCAGUUUUAUGUUUUGAAGCAGCAGUUAAACAAGAACCAGAAAAUGUUGAAGCGUGGGAGUUACUUGGAUUGUCCCAAGCAGAAAAUGAAAUGGAUCCUCAAGCUAUAACAGCGUUAAGAAAAUCUUUAGAUAUAAAUCCAAAUAAUAAAACUGUGCUAAUGGCUCUGGCAGUGUCUUAUACAAAUGAAAGUUUACAAAGUCAAGCGUUAAAUAUGCUUGCUAAAUGGUUACAUAUAAAUCCAAAAUAUUCGAACUUAGUACCAGCAAAUUUGCUUGAAAAUGGGAAUUCGAUUACAAAUUCUUUAAUAGGUCCCAAUGCUUUAAAAGACAUGCAAAAUUUAUUUUUAGAAGCAGUGAAGCAGAAUCAAACGACUGUAGAUCCAGAAAUUCAAGAAGCCUUAGGCGUAUUAUUUAAUUUGUCAUCAGAAUACGACAAAGCAGCUGAUUGUUUUCAAGCUGCUCUUAGCUCAAAUCCGAAUAGUUCGAAAACAUGGAAUCGUUUAGGUGCUAGUUUUGCUAAUGGAAAUCGAUCUGUUGAAGCAGUUGAUGCAUAUAAACAAGCUUUAGAAAUUCAACCUGGUUUUAUAAGGGCUCGAUAUAACGUUGGAAUAAUUUGUAUGAAUUUGAAAGCUUAUAAGGAAGCUGCUGAGCAUUUAUUAACUGCAUUAAAUAUGCAAGCUAGUUCAUUAUCACGUUCUGGUCUUUCAGAAAAUGUUACUUCAAGAGUAAGUCCAAUGUCGGAAGUUAUCUGGAGUACAUUGCGUAUGGUAUUUGCACUGAUGGGACGAGAUGACUUGAAAAAGGCAGCUCACUCCAGAGAUUUGGAAUGCUUAAAUCAUGAAAUUAAAGUAGAUUAGUUAUAUAUUUACAUUGGAAUGGGACUGGAUGGGGAUAUUUUUUUGGUUGAAGUUAUUUACAAUUUGUUUAAGUAACUAUACAAAAUUGAAUUGAGUAUUUUACUUUUUUUGUUUCUUGGGUCUUCGUGAUAAUUUUUAAAAUUAAUUACGUAGGGGUUUUCCUACCUAACUACAAUUUGUUGGGAUAAUUUCAGAAUGCAAUUUUGUAUGAGAAAUUUUUUUUUUAUUUUAAAAGUUCUUUUAAUUUUUAUUAUGAAAAUUUAUAUAAACACGCAAUAAAAAUAAAAAAU